AUGAUUGUGGCAUGGAAUACCUACGCUGGUGCAACGAAGACGUACACGAGGAAAAAUCUCAGCAUGCAAGAAACCUUACUAGGAACUAAUAUUUUGACCACGAUUUUCACCCUAUCGUCAACUGUGCUUCCAGUUGUGAUGCUUAUCAUGUAUGGUAUCAUAUUUCUUACAAUCAUCAAAAAGCGCAGCGGUCCUACGGAUGCCGCUUCGUCCGAAAGAGAUCGAUCACUUCUUUGGCAAGCACUCGCCAUCACUGUCAUGUUGGAGAUUAAUGCUUUUGCUGCCAAAGAUCAGAUGGGAGAAGUUGCAGAGCCAUUGAUCUAUUAG